AACAGUGUUUCUUCAAGUUUGUUGCUGCUACAACUUGUGUGUGAACAUUCUAUUUCUAAAAUGGCACGGAAACUUAUUCUCCAGAAAGUGAUACUGGUGAUUGUGAUUUUGGGUUCGGCUAAAGCAACGCAUAAUUGCAGAAAGAAUUUUCCAGAUGAUUGUCCGGCUGGCGAGUUUUGUGCUGCUCCCGGCAGUUCUUCCAAUCCAAGUCAAUUCAAAUGCUACGACUGCCCAUGCAGCAUGACAAGUCAGUGUAGGUUAGAGGGUGGUAAUGUCGUAUGCAACUGUACUGGGUCGGGAUAUACAGGAUCAACAUGCACCACUGAUAUAGACGAAUGUGCAACUGGUGCGGACAACUGUGAUGAAAACGCCCAAUGUACAAACACAAAUGGAACCUUCACGUGCGCCUGUAACGCAGGAUACUCUGGUAAUGGCGUUUCGUGCGUAGAUAUUAACGAAUGUACCACUAAUACGGACAAUUGUGAUGGUAACGCCCAAUGUACAAACACCGUAGGAAGCUUCACGUGCGCCUGUAACGCAGGAUACUCUGGUGAUGGCGUUUCGUGCGUAGAUAUUAACGAAUGUACCACUAAUACGGACAAUUGUGAUGGUAACGCCCAAUGUACAAACACCGUAGGAAGCUUCACGUGCGCCUGUAACGUAGGAUACUCUGGUGAUGGCGUUUCGUGCGUAGAUAUUGACGAAUGUACCACUAAUACGGACAAUUGUGAUGAGAACGCCGAAUGUACAAACACCGUAGGAAGCUUCACGUGCGCCUGUAACGCAGGAUACUCUGGUGAUGGCGUUUCAUGCGUAGAUAUCGACGAAUGUACCACUAAUACGGACAAUUGUGAUGAGAACGCCCAAUGUACAAACACCGUAGGAAGCUUCACGUGCGCCUGUAACGCCGGAUACUCUGGUGAUGGCGUUUCGUGUGUAGAUAUUGACGAAUGUACCACUAAUACGGACAAUUGUGAUGGUAACGCCCAAUGUACAAACACCGUAGGAAGCUUCACGUGCGCCUGUAACGCAGGAUACUCUGGUGAUGGCGUUUCGUGCGUAGAUAUUAACGAAUGUACCACUAAUACGGACAAUUGUGAUGUUAACGCCCAAUGUACAAACACCGUAGGAAGCUUCACGUGCGCCUGUAACGCAGGAUACUCUGGUGAUGGCGUUUCGUGCGUAGAUAUUAACGAAUGUACCACUAAUACGGACAAUUGUGAUGGUAACGCCCAAUGUACAAACACCGUAGGAAGCUUCACGUGCGCCUGUAACGCAGGAUACUCUGGUGAUGGCGUUUCGUGCGUAGAUAUUGACGAAUGUACCAUUAAUACGGACAAUUGUAAUGGUAACGCCCAAUGUACAAACACCGUAGGAAGCUUCACGUGCGCCUGUAACGCAGGAUACUCUGGUGAUGGCGUUUCGUGCGUAGAUAUUAACGAAUGUACCACUAAUACGGACAAUUGUGAUGGUAACGCCCAAUGUACAAACACCGUAGGAAGCUUCACGUGCGCCUGUAACGCAGGAUACUCUGGUGAUGGCGUUUCGUGCGUAGAUAUUAACGAAUGUACCACUAAUACGGAUAAUUGUGAUGGUAACGCCCAAUGUACAAACACCGUAGGAAGUUUCACGUGCGCCUGUAACGCAGGAUACUCUGGUGAUGGCGUUUCGUGCGUAGAUAUUGACGAAUGUACCACUAAUACUGACAAUUGUGAUGGUAACGCCCAAUGUACAAACACCGUAGGAAGCUUCACGUGCGCCUGUAACGCAGGAUACUCUGGUGAUGGCGUUUCGUGCGUAGAUAUUAACGAAUGUACCACUAAUACGGAUAAUUGUGAUGGUAACGCCCAAUGUACAAACACCGUAGGAAGUUUCACGUGCGCCUGUAACGCAGGAUACUCUGGUGAUGGCGUUUCGUGCGUAGAUGUUGACGAAUGUACCACUAAUACGGACAAUUGUGAUGGUAACGCCCAAUGUACAAACACCGUAGGAAGCUUCACGUGCGCCUGUAACGCAGGAUACUCUGGUGAUGGCGUUUCGUGCGUCGAUAUUGACGAAUGUACCACUAAUACGGACAAUUGUGAUGAUGACGCCCAAUGUACAAACAUCGCAGGAAGCUUCACGUGCGCCUGUAACGCAGGAUACUCUGGUGAUGGCGUUUCGUGCGUAGACAUCAACGAAUGCGAUGCCUCACCCUCACCUUGUGACACUAAUGCUUCAUGCGCGAAUAGCGUUGGAAGCUUCUCUUGUACAUGUAACACUGGAUAUUCUGGGGAUGGAUCACCUGGCAACUGCGAAAAUAUCAACGAAUGCCAAACACUUCCCCAACCCUGUCCAACUGGGUUCGACUGUAAUGACGAAACACCCGGGUUUUGCUGUAUACCUUCUUAAUAUCCUGUAACAGUAAUAGAACAACGCUCCGGACAGACGAUUCAAGCCGAAAUAUCGACCUUAUAAAAUUAUGAUGAUGGACAUGAACUCUGUUUUAUUCCUUUUUUUCUUACAUAUACAUAAAGAACUCUUACAUAUACAUAUAGAACUUCAUUAAAAUGCGUUUCUUAACAUCGAUUUAAAUUUCAAUGUUGAAAUAAUGUUAUAUGUAUGAUGAUGAUCUUUCUUUCUAUCUCUCCUUUCUCUUUUCUAUCAAUUCUGACUUGGCAUCCACAAAUAAAUUUCAAAUCAAUGCA